AUGGCUAAUCAUCAAUCCUCCUCGCAGACCUCCACCAACUACAAAGAAGCCUUCUCCCUCUACGACAAGCGCGGCAACGGCCGUGUUGCCCUCGAUUCACUUGGCGACCUCCUCCGCGCCUGCGGACAGAACCCGACGCUCGCAGAAAUCAGGGAUUUGGAAAAGCAAGUGGGCGGUGAUUUCGAUUUCGAUGCUUUCAGCAAAGUUCUCAACAGACCUGGCGGCUUCAGAGACCCAGGCGAACCCGAAGAGUACUGUCGCGGAUUCCAAGUUUUUGACAAAGACAUGACUGGAUUCAUCGGAGUGGGCCAGUUAAGAUACAUCCUUACCAAUCUGGGCGAGAAGAUGAGCGAUGAAGAGGUCGAUGAGUUAUUGAAGGCCGUCGACACCAGCAGUGGAGAGAUCAACUACAUGGAACUCGUCCGGACGAUCCUAGCGAACUGA